AUGGAUAAGAAAUCAUUUGACAUCGUCUUGGAUGAAAUAAAAAAGUGUGUCCUGACCGAUCAACGGAUUAAAGCCAUUGAGCAGGUUCAUGGAUACUUCUCCAGCGAACAGGUCAUGGACAUACUGAAAUAUUUCUCCUGGGCAGAACCUCAAAUUAAAGCAGUAAAAGCUUUACAGCAUAAAAUGGUCGCAAUCUCCACCACUAAAAUUGCCAACAUUCUGAAUUGCUUCACCUUUUCAAAGGACAGACUUAUUGUCUUGGAGUUGAUCGCUUUGAACAUCGCUGAUGCCCAAAAUUUUCGUCCCGUGGAAGAUUUGUUUCGCAUACACCUGUCGGAGAAAAAGCGUGCUCGUAGGAUCCUGGAGCAAGUAUGCAAGGUUGGGUGCAAGGCCCCUGUUGCAAUGAUUUCGUCCUGCGGUAUGAUACCCGGAAAUCCAUAUCCAAAAGGCAGACCCAGUCUGGUUACUGGAACAUUCCCAGGAAUUCCUCUUGCAAAGAAAGAAGUAGACAAGAAGGACGACACUAACAAUACAGAGGGGAAAGGGAUAGCUACUCGGAUAAUUGGGCCUUCCAAACCUUUCCCUUCAAGCUACAACCCAAAUCGGCCUGUGCCUUAUCCAAUACCUCCGUGUAGACCUCAUGCGACCAUUGCACCAAGUGCAUACAACAACGCAGGCCUUGUAUCUAUAGGAGGGGUCAUAAUGACCAGUGUGCCCCCUCCUCCCUACAACUCUGCCCACAAGGUAGCAGGUUACACCAAACCUGGCAAUCCCCAGAACACAACACCAGGAGUCAAGAGCGGGCCGCUGCAAAUUCCUCACGGCUCCACGCCGUCAACCCCCGUCCCACCGCAAGCUUCCCCUUCUCAACCUCCAACGACUCCCAUCACCCCCGUUUUCCCCGGCAUGGUGCCCUCUCACAACUCUCCCUCCCCUGCUCCGUCGCCAUCUGUCAUUAAAGCGGGUCCACAGACCCCCGUUGGCCACACUACACCUACAUCAUCUUCUGUCAUUAAAGCUCACACACCCUCGGGUACCCCUUGCGGAACUCCCGUUCCUGGCAGCGGGGGCUUCUCGCCUUCCCCUUUCAAUUGUCAUUCCCGACCCGGAACCCCCGGCACCUCCCGCAGCGGCCCCGACAUCCUGUCUCAGAUCAUCUCCGCGGGCUCAGCUCAGCAGAGGGCUUUUGCCCCCUCUACAGAAAACCCUUUCCAUAACGCCCACCCACAACCAGGUAACCACUCAGGCUCGGUGAUCCGCAGCUACACUCCCUCUGAAACGUCAUCCAACACCCCUGGGUCCUCCACUCCGGUGAUUCCGAGUUGUUCCACCCCGGCCCCUGGUCCGGGGCCCAGCCCUAAACCCUCCCCUGCCCACUCUGCCCAAGUUUCCAUGGGGCCACCUGGACUCCUUCAGCACGAGCAGCAACGCGUAGCCACAAACAGACAGAGCGGAGGUAGCGGCAGUGGUAGUAAUAGCCCCGUGCCUUCCGCUUUCAAGGGGACAUCCCGCUCUGGUACGCCCUCUCUUAGCCCUCUGGUGGUACCGGGAUCAGCUCAGGCUGCACUGGCUCGUUCUCUAGGGCUCUCGCACCCCCCGGGCUCACCUCAAGUCUCCCUCGCCAGUCCUGUGGCCAUCAGUGGCCUACAAGCUUUGUCUGCUAGCCCAGGACCACCCCACUACCCAGGCCUAUCCCCUUUCCCUGCUCUUUCUUCCUCCCUCCCCCCUACUUCCAACUCCUCAUCGGGCAGCAUCUCAAAUCCCUCCCCAAAUUCCAUCUACCCGGGCCUGGCUCCCAACGCUGCCCCUGGCACAGCCUCGCCUUUCGGGCUAGGCCUCACUUCUGCUCCCUCUAUAUUCCCAGGCCUUCCGCCUGGUCCAAGCCCUGCAGCGUUCCCAGGCUUGGGAGUUUCAGGAGGGCACGGUGCAGGGAGCCCCGUCUUGCCAUCAUUCAUGGGAUUAGCAGGAGCCGCUCAGUCCUCCGUUGCGUCGGUGGCACCGGUGCAGGCGGCUGCGGUAGCGGCGGUGGCGGCAGCCGGCGUCCCGGCGUCAUCGCCAGUCUUACCCGGCUUUGCGUCUGCUUUCAGCUCUAACUUCCAGCCUGGGUUGAGCAGUGGCCUCCAGGCUCCAGCAAACAACGCUUUCCCAGGUCUGCUGUCCUUUCCCGGAGUCCCGGCCUUCUCCCCGGCGGCUUCCCCUGCCGCUCUUAGCGGCCUUCACAAUCCAGCUUUGCAGCCUGCCCUGCUGCAGGCUCCAACAUCUGCAUUGGAGGGCCUAGCUCCUCAGCCCAGCUCAUUCACCAAUUACCCCGCUGGACCAGGAAACCCCUUUCCCCUCCAGCCUGGUUUGCACCCCCAGUUAGGUUGGCAGUGA